GAUCAGUUGGUUACUAUAAUUCAAAAAUAAGCGUUAUUUGAGGAUGUUCGAAGCUCCACUUUUCGUGAGGUCAAAGCCUGCCACAAAAUCGAAAUCUGGUUUUCUCUAUAAUAUUUAUAAUGACCCAUACAAGUGGUCGCUUGUGAAAAGUGUCACGAUGUUUGCUUCUGGAGUUUUUGGUUUUCUGAUCAUACAUGAAAUCGUCAAUGCUCCUAUGGAAGCUGUGUAGACAUUAAUUUUUGUUAUUAAAAAUAUAAGACGUUUUCCUUAUGUGUUAUAGUUCUUACUUCUUUGUCUCCCAGCAUAUGCUAACGGAGAUUUGUGUAUUUCGAAACAUGUUCCUAUAUAAACUUUGUCCUUAGGUGUGUAGUCUCAAAUAAUGGACAGUAAAGCUGGAAAAAUAGACUACGGCAAUCCGUUUGACUGUGUUGAGGUUUCUCGCACACGGUUUAAGCAGCUUCAAGACCGUCAGUUAAGGCGGCGUCGGAUCAUUUUGCGUCAUUUACUGAAGAAUAGCUCAUCCUCAUUAAGUUUAAAGAAUAACGACCAUUCCAUUGUUACUCUGCCGGAUUUACUUGGCCACCACAAACCCUCCUACUUACAGUUCGACGAAAAUGUUUAUAGAAAACGGGCGAUUCUACCAGUUAUUUCCCGCCUGAAGUGUCCAGUGCUCAGUCUUAAACUACGUCGUGCAAUACAAUCUUUCUUAGGCGAAUCUAGUGUAUUAAAUCAAGAUGAUAAACAAAUCAUACAACAGUGGGAUAAAGUCAGUCUUGAAGUUGUUGGCGAUAAAUUAAGACAAACACUGACAUCUUGUUUAUCUACGAAUACCAAUAGUAGUAAUACUGGAGAUAAAUCCUCAAAUGACGACAAUGUUGUUGGUAAAACAGGAGAUACUAAUUGUGAUUUGGUCGUCAGAACUGGUUCAGCCGCUUUUCUUAAAGGAACUCAAAGUGCUAAUCCACAUAACGAUUAUUGUCAACAUUUUGUUGAUACUGGUGAACGACCGCAAAAUUUUAUACGUGAUACUGGUUUGAGAAAUCGAUUUGAAGAAUAUCCCAAAUUACGUGAAUUAAUUCGAUUAAAAGAUCAGUACAUUCAGUCAAAAGCUACACCUCCUAUGUAUUUGUGUGCAGACUUAAGAACAUUUGAUUUAAAUGAAUUAAAUUCAAAAUUCGAUGUUAUUCUAAUUGAACCUCCAUUGGAAGAGUAUCAUCGAAUGAAUGGUGCUGUAUUUGAUCAAUAUUGGAGUUGGGAUGAGAUUGAACGUUUAGAAAUUGAACAAAUCGCUGCUACACGUGCAUUUGUUUGGAUAUGGUGUGGAUCAGGUGAAGGUUUAGACGCUGCUCGAAAAUGUUUACGUAAAUGGGGUUUUCGUCGUUGUGAAGAUAUAUGUUGGAUUAAAACAAACAUUAAUAAUCCUGGGCAUGAAGCUCUUGAACCGAAUUGUGUUUUUCAACGUACCAAAGAACAUUGCCUAAUGGGUAUACAUGGAACUGUUAGACGUUCCACUGAUGGCGAUUUUAUUCAUGCCAAUAUAGACAUUGAUUUGAUUAUUGAAGAGGCUCCUCCACAAGGUACAUACGCUUCUAAAGAUAAACCAACUGAAAUAUUUCAUAUUAUUGAACAUUUUUGUCUCGGGAGAAGAAGACUGCAUUUAUUCGGUCGAGAUAGUACAUUAAGACCUGGUUGGGUGACAGUAGGCAAUGAACUUUCUGCAUCGAAUUAUGAUUCACGUAUAUAUGCUAACAAUUUUACUAAAGAUCCUAAUGGAUUAUUACUAGGAACAACUGAUGAAAUUGAACGAUUACGACCGAAAUCUCCACCACCACGUCAUACCAAUCCAAAUACUUCCACUGGUGCCUCAAAUACAAUCUCUUCAUUUUCAGAUGUUAUAUCUAAUCCACCGUGUUUGAAUCCUGUUUUACCACCACCACCACCUACUGGUGGACAUAUACCUCAUCCAAUCGCUGUUUCUACAUGUUCAAUUAGUAGUAAUUCGAUUGUAUCAAAUAUCAAUUCUGUUCCGGGCAUUUCUGGCCACUCUUUACGAAGAUUUAAUAAUGCAACUGUUAUCAAACCGCUCAAUUCUAUUGGUUCAUUAACUAAUUCUUCACUUUUGGGUCUCCCAUCAGUUUUACAAAGUGUCACUAAUCGAAUUGGUUCCAAUAUGAGGGUUAAUCCACGAACACCGAUUAAUACUCUGCCAACUUCCAAUUCCCCACGAGCACUUGCUGCAUUACAAGUUGCCGCAGCUGCUCAUCAAAAUUCUCUUCAUCAUCCACAGGAUUCUCCUUUAUGGUCAACUCCAAAUAAUUUUGCAGUUGCGUUAGCUGCAGCAGCUGCUGCAACGCGUAAUUUUCCUCUUGCCUCAGCUUUAAAUUCAUCAAAUUCAAGAACUCCGAUUUCUGAAUCGCAUUUACCCACUGAGCUUACUAAUGCUGGUAAAUUGAAUCCAGCUCUACUGGCAAUGUUAAACUCUUCAAAUUCCAUAGGACCAGCAAGUCUAUCAUUACUAAGUAGUAUCAUUCGAAAUAGCGUUUCUGGAAAGCAUCCUAACAAUCCGUGGCAUUGAUUGCUGAGUGAUAUUAACUUUUUGUACAGCUACUUUUUUCAUGUAUAUCCUAACUUAAUUCCCUACCAUACUUGUUCUUUAUCAAAUAUUGCCUUACUAAUUAAGAGUGUUAUGUUAUUUACUGG